AUGACUUUCUACCAGCAGAGACUUGACCAGGCUAGACAUAAACUAGAGAUAGUACAGGGGGAACUCAAAAAUUCUCCUCUAGAUCAGAGCUUGUUCAACCACGAAAACGAAAUCUUGACAGAAAUGGCAAAAUGGAGUCAUAUAGAAGAACAGGUACUGCAGCAUAGGGCCACUUGGAUUGAAUGUGGUGACUCAAAUACCAAAUACUUCCAUGCUCAAUGGAAGACGAGGACAAGCAAAAACCACAUUACAUCCAUCUACACUGAAAGUGGUAUUAAUCUAACAGAUCCAGCCCAAAUAGUAAAGGAGUUCAUAUCUUUCUUCACCAAGCUCAUGGAAGAAAGUGGAGAAGUUCACAAAUGUCCAGAUGCUGCAGUGGUGAAACAAGGAAGAUGCCUUGACCAACAACAGAAGGUGACACUGGUUAAAAAUGUAACAAAUGAGGAGAUUCUAGCUGCUAUAAAAGAUAUGCUUCAUGAUAAAGCCCCAAGGGUAGAUGGCUUUCAUAUUGAGUUUUUCACAACACAAUGGACUAUAGUUGGGUCUGAAAUUGGUAGUGCGCCGCAUUCCUUCAGUGCGGACCGCCCAAAACCUAGUGCGGCCGCACUGCCUUAA